UUUCAGGUCAAUUUUGAAAAUGUCGCUCAGGAGCUAGACAUCGUCAGCAAGGCCGCCGCGGCCAAGCGGUACGAGCGUCUUCUUAAGGCACACAAUAUCAACCCUACCACCCCGCGCAAGGGUGCGGCGUCCGGUAAUGCCGAUGCUGCUGAGGAUGGCGAAGAGCCGAAGACUCCGGCGUCCAAGAAGCGCAAGCGCGCCGCCGCUUCCAAGAAGGAAGAAGACGAGGACGAGACCCCCGUCAAGAAGGAGAACACCGUAAAGAAGGAGCUCAGCGUCAAGAAGGAGGAG